AGAAAAAGGAUUAUUAACUUGCGAAAAGAGGACCAACAGAUUUAUAUCUACAUAUUUUUUGGGGGUCUGUUUCCCUUGUCUUUCCAGCUCCCUUCUUUCUCCCUUCGUGUUGUAUUUCUUUUUUCCCCCGGUUUGCUCAAGGCGUAAGGCGGCGAGGUCGUGGGAAGGAAACCGCUGCCCCAUCUGCGUCUUUCACCCCCCCCCCGCACCCCUCUGCGAGCGCGUAAAGAUCAUAUUUUCUUUCUUGUCACUUCAUCACCCAGAUCCCCUGUUCACCCUCUCUUCCGUUGUUCGGUGUUGGUGGCACAACCGCAGAGCGGCGCAGACGGAGCGCUUCACACGUAUUUCACUGGCACGUAACCACGCCUGAUUUUUAGCGUCUUUUUAAAAGCUCUUUUGACUUUUGUGUUGUGAUUUCAUGCGAUAGACACGCGAACGCUACCCCCCUUUUUUUUGGCGUUGUGGACCCGUCCUGCCGCACCGCGCCUGCUUCGUGCGCUGCGGUGGGAGAGAGAGAGAUUCCGUACUUCCAUUUCUUCUUUACGUCGCACAAUUGUCGUCGUCGUUCACAGCCAUUCACAGAUUUUGCUUUCUCGUUUUCCUUUUUCUUUCUCCUCCACACUUAACAACAACAAAAAAAAAAUCAGACGAAGGUGAGCAGACAAGAAAGGUCACCCCCCCCCCUCUACGUAGGAGUCACACAGAAUGCUCCGUUGCACACGGGGCCAAUGGGUGGUGUUCACGCAGGGCUUUCCGGUUCUCGGGAAGUUUGCGCAGGACCACUUCCUUCCAUCGAACCCGCUGUCGUCCUCUUGUCUGUGGCUAGACGAGGACGACAUCAGAGGAGCCAUAAUGGCAGCGAGAGCGCACGGCUGCCCAAACCCCCUACGGAUCGACCCUUACGCGCAUCACCCGGUGUUGUCGCGGUUCGCCGCGAAGACCAUACAAAGGAAGUCAAGACCGUCGCCCACGGCAGCCACUUUCGCGGAGGCGCUCGCCGGUGGUCAGGCGAUCCCCGACACGCAACAAAUUGCAGACCUGUUACAGAAUCCAGAAGACGCAGGCUGCGCCGUGCGGCGCGGCAGCCCUUCUCAAGAAAUGCAGAGUCCUCCUCCUCCGAAGAAACGCGGGCGCCCCCCAAAAGCUGCUGCGGUGCGUGUGGAACCGGUGUCUGUGGAGCGCGCCACCGCGGCUGACUUGUCACAGUACAGGGUGCCGAUUUGCACGGUGGUGAUCCCGAAGCCGCUUUACAUCCUUAAUAUGGACCAGAUGUUUUUGCAUGUCCAUUCUGGGUCCACGUGGGCUGCCGGAGACGCAGAGGAGGAGCGGAGGGAAAGCGGUGCCCACAAGCUGGACAUUCCGUACUCUGCUGCGCAUCCGUUUUUUCAGUCGUCGAAACCGCAUCUCUGGCCCGGCUCGUUAAACCGAGUGGCUUUUGCAGGAGACAGCACCUCGACCAUCGCAGACCAGCCUCUUUCUUCGUCAUCGCACAGCGAUCUCGCAACUGACAAAACACCUUUUCCUGACUUCAGGCUGACCUCGGAGGCGUUGACGGCCGGCAUUCGCGCACUCCAGCAAAAGUUCCCCAACCCAGUGAGGGAAGAGGCACGGUUCAUGUACUCGAUCGUAAGGCGUCGCAAGUACGGUCUUCAGCGACAGCGCGACUUGUGGACAAUUGCCAUGCGGAACCGGUAUCAGUCGAGGUGGUGGGGCACGCGAAGGCAGUGGGCCGAUGUGGGCGCUUCUGUGCGGCCUGGGCAGCAGGAGCACGUCGUCCCCGUCGCGGUUUCCACGAAACUCGUUCACAUCUCUCUCAUUGAGAACGCAGCGGCGGUGCUGCAGCGUGCGUUCAUUGCUCCUCGCCGACGAAAGCUCGUGCUAUUCUUUGAGGAAAGUGGGGACACAGAAAACGACAACACAGGCGUUAUGGAAGCGGGUGUUGUCGCAGGAAGGCUGGGCAGUGACGAAGACUGGUUUAGUGUGACGGAGCGUCCGAGAUAUAAUCCGCUCUUUUCUGACCUGGAGGAUAUGAUGCGCGAGGAUAUGAGACGUAUGAACUAUAAAAUCCCACUCUAUCUGUCGAAGAAUCACAUCAAAAGCCUGGGUCUGUCUGUGCGUCCCAAUGCUCGCGGCAUCAAUCGCCAACUCAUGGAUGCAAAGAGCACUGUGCAAGAUGGUGGUGGCUUGGAGACAGCCAACGGCACCCAAGCCCACUCCUCCGAUGAUGCGCCGCCGCCGCUGCUGCUGCGGAGGUCGUCAACGACGCAGCAUUGUUGUUGGUACCACAUUUCUCAAGUUCACUUCCCCGCCAGCUACCUUAUCUCGUCCGCGGUGUUGUUCGCAGAGAUGGACCACCCUGGCGUGGCGGUGCACGGCACGACGGGAACGUUGCUGACCUACCCGGAGCUGUCCUACGCCUCGCUUGUUGAGCGUCAUCCUGACAUCGCCGCGCUGCUGUGGGCAGACCCAGAGGAGACGGCCAAGGCGGACCUGCCAAAGGAGUCACCUUCUGCAGACGAUGAUCAGGACAGUAUUGCACUGCCUACUCCGAAGAGCACCGCCAACCACGAAACCGGCAGCACGAUCCAGGCGGAUGCAAGCGAGGCACGAGUGCCUGCGAAGGUGCCGCUGGAUGAGCGGUCGAUUGCGCACUUCGUCGCGACGCACGCCGUGCCGACACUCGUCAAAGGACGGCACCUUUGGUUUGAGGCAGAGGACGUGUUGGCCUCCAACGGCAUCGUCGACGUGAACUCGGCCCCGGUGGAGGUGAGCAUACAAAAGGGUCAGGGGUCGCGCAUCGCGGGAGGUGAUAGCAGCGACACCGUCGCCACCGACGACGACCCCGCGUUCGAUGGUGUGCCAAACAGCACGCUAUUCAACGUGGAGGCGCUCACUGACCCCGACGAGGCCCUGCGUAAAUUAUGUACCUCCUUUGUGCCCUCGUAG